UUGUAAGCGAUGAUGGCGGAAGAGGAGCUACGUUGAGCUCUUUUGAGUUUUUAUUAUUACAACACAAAACUCACAGUAAAUAUCGUCACUGCCCUCCGUUUCGUAUCCCGCAAUCAUGGGGAACGAAGCAAGCAUGGAAGGGGAGGGCCAGCCAGGGCAACCUGGUUCCGUCGCUCCUACAGCGGGGGCUCCGGGUUCUAUUUCAGCACCGGCGGGCGCUGGACAGCUCAUCAAGCCCAGCAAUGGUGCGCCAGUCGGUGGCACCGGUAGCGGACCCGGCCCGGGGAUUAACAGUGUUGGUGCCGGUCCUAAACCGGGUGCUCCAUCUCCAGCCGGUCCAGGGCCCGGGGCCCCUCAGCAGGCUCCUGCACAGACUGCAGCCUCCGAGCAGGGCCACGUAGCCAGAAGGACUCUCCAGGUGGACGUGGGCAGCAGUAAGACGGGGCGCUCUCCGUCUGCGUCCCCCGACCGCAGCAGCAGCGCUCCGUCCUCGCCAUACUCCGUACCCCAGAUCGCCCCCAUGCCCAGCAGCAAGCUGUGUCCUGUCUGCAAGACAGCGGACCUGACAGACCCCACGACUGGCCAGCCGCAUGGAAACACCUGCACGCAGUGCAGCUCCCUAGUGUGCAACCAAUGUGGAUUCAACCCCAACCCUCACCUCACAGAGGUCCAAGAGUGGCUGUGUCUGAAUUGUCAGAUGCAGAGGGCUCUGGGAAUGGACAUGACCACACCGCGCUCCAAGAGCCAGCAGCAGAUCCACUCUCCUUCCCACCAAGCCAAACCUGAGCUCCAGGCCCAGCCCGGACCUGCAGCCCCAGCGACCGCACCUCCUUCCCCUGCCCAGCCCAAGCCCCAGCCCCAGCCCCAGCCCCAAGCUCCCCCGGCCCAGGCACAACCACAACAUCCAGCCCAGCCUGCGUCCCAGCCACCCCCGGGCCCCAAACAGACAGGCCCUGCCCAGCAGCCUGGCCCCAGGCCCCAGGGCAAGCCCCCUGCUCCCGGCGCCGUCCCCCUCCCAGGCAUGGCCAAAGCCCCAUCCCAGCCAGACCUCUCCCGCUCGGGUCCCUCUCCUCAGGGAGGUGGUCCGGGCCGGCAGGACCAGACCCGCAGCGCCGGGAGCUCUCCAUCCCGCCAGCCCCCGCCUCCUGAGCAGCCCUUCGGGAAGCUCUUUGGCUUCGGCUCCUCGCUCCUCAACCAGGCCAGCAACCUCAUCACCAUGGAGCCCCCUAAAGGAGGACCAGUCCCCCCUCAGCAACAGCAGCCGCAGCAGAAGCCCACCCAAGGCCCUCCCAAACAGGGGCCUGCGGGCAGAGCCAUGGGGCAGCAGGCCCCGCCUGGCCAGCAGCAGCAGCAGCAGAAGCCCCCGGACCCCUCGGCCAAGCCCAAGGCCAACUGUCCCCUCUGUAAGACGGACCUGAAUGUGGGGAACACGGCCGAGGCUCCCAACUACAACACCUGCACUCAGUGCAAGACCCAGGUGUGCAACCUGUGUGGAUUCAACCCCACGCCUCACCUGGUGGAGAAAAAAGAAUGGCUCUGUCUGACCUGUCAAACUCAGAGAGCCAUGUCCGGAGCCUUGGGAGAACCUCCAGCCCCUGUCCCUCAGCCAAUGGGAUCCCCAGGGCCCCCAGGCCCAACCAAUCAGCAGCAACGAGGCCCCGGUCAACAAGCAGGAAUAAGGCCCACAGGCCCACAACAGCACAAACCCCCUGGCGCCCAAGUAAGUGGAUCUCACACACCGGCAAAGCAGGUGGCCCCUCAGAGUAAGGCUCCGACCCAGCAACAACCCAGCAAAGCUGCACCUGGCCACCCAUCACCAAAGGGUCCUGAGACCCGAAAGCAGCAACAACCUGGUGUAAAACCGAAAGUAGAGAAAGAAGGGGUUAAAGCUUCUCCUAAGAAGGGAACUGCAGAGGUCACCAGCAUAGUGAAAGAACAAAAGAAACCCAGUGACAUGCAGAAGUCUAAACACCAUGAAGACUCAAACAAAUCUAGUACACAGAGCCUGAGUGAUACAGGGUACUCAUCAGAUGGCAUCUCUAGCUCCCAGAGUGAGAUCACAGGACUUAUCCAAGAGGAAGGGGUGAAACUGAAUGAGAGGGGGCAGCCCAUCCAUCAGAGAAGCCCCCCAAGCCCCUCGGAACUUACCAAGCUAGAGAGUUCCAUGAGGCCCCUGUUAGAGUCUAAAACUACCACAGAGCAGAGCAAGGUACAGGAAGCAUUGGACAGGGAACAACAGAGACCUGGCUCCCUAACCAUUUCAAAGGAGCAGCGCUAUGACUCUGACGAAGCUCGUGAGGCAUCUUCCGAUGAACUCAGCUGCAAACUUCGUCACGACUACGUAGAGGACAGCAGUGAAAGCGGACUCUCGCCACUGCCGGCCCGGCAGAAGAAAUCACAGAAAGAAAUGACUGAUGAGGAGUUCAUGAGGAGGCAAAUCAUGGAAAUGAGUGCAGAUGAGGAGGAGACAGGGGAAGGCGAAGGCUAUGGUCAACAGAAAACGAAAAAGACUCAGAAACAAAGUGGAGAUACGGCAAAAGACAAGCGACGACUCACUCAACACUCUAGCAGUUUUGAAGAGGACACCAAAGGUGGUGAAGGUGCCUAUGGGGAAAGCGGAGAUGGUGUUGUGGCUGGGGGCCUAAGACGUUUCAAGACCAUUGAGCUGAACAAUACCAAUAGCUACAACCGUGACAUUGAACUUAACACAGAACAUGACCUCAGGGAGCCAGAACUUGAGAUGGAAAGCCUGACAGGGUCACCUGAGGAGCGGUCAAGAGGAGAAUACUCCUCAACUCUGCCGGCCACGACUCCCAGCUACACCUCAGGCACAUCUCCAACAUCUGUAUCUUCCAUGGAGGAUGACAGUGAUAGCAGUCCUAGCCGAAGGCAAAGGUUAGAGGAGGCCAAACAGCAGAGAAAAGCACGGCAUCGCUCCCAUGGCCCCCUUUUACCUACCAUUGAGGACUCAUCUGAGGAGGAUGAAUUGCGGGAAGAGGAAGAACUCCUUAGAGAGCAAGAGAAAAUGAGGGACUUAGAGCAGCAGAGAAUUCGCAGCACUGCUAGGAAAACCAAACGCGACAAAGAAGAGCUCAGAGCACAGAGACGGAGAGAGAGGUCCAAGACGCCCCCUAGUAAUCUGUCUCCUAUUGAGGAUGCUUCCCCAACAGAAGAGUUGAGGCAAGCAGCUGAGAUGGAGGAACUUCACAGGUCAUCCUGCUCCGAAUACUCACCCUCAAUGGAUUCUGAGGCAGAGGGUUUUGAAGUUGGGGGUACAAAGAUCUACAAGUCUGGCAACUUGCCCACAUUUAUGUCUCUCUACUCUCCCACAGAAGCACCCUCUGCAACAUCGCCAUCUGCAGCAGAUAAAUCACUGAAAAGUGCUGAGGAGGUUUAUGAGGAAAUGAUGAGGAAGGCAGAAAUGAUGCAGAAACAACAACACAUGCAGCCAGGAAGGCAAGGUCAACAACCAGCAGGCCAGCCACCUAGCAAUGUUCAGAGACAGCAGCAAGGAUCACCUCAGGUAGGCAGAGACAAACAACAUCUAGAUACUGAAACAACAGUUUUGACACCAGGCUCAAGUCCGACCCAGAUCUCAGCCCCUGUGUCACUGCGUGACCCAAGUGGUGCUGGACGAGGGGCCCCAGGAGUUCAAGCAGCUCAGCAGUAUGCUGGCCAGCAGUCCAGAGGUGCACCAACAACUGGUGCCCCUGCAACAGGCCCUCAGGGCAAUGUUCGACAACCAGGGGUUGUUGCUGGGAUGACGGGUAGAAUAGCGGAGAUGUCACAGGCCUAUGGUGGUCAGAGAGACCCCAGAACUCCUAGUCAGGGAACACCUCAAGGCCAAGCACCUGAUGCUGGUGGAUCAACUUUGUCAUCAAAGGUAUUUUCGUAUUUUAAAGGUCCCAGUCCCACAGCUUCCCCUUCUGCUUCACCUGCACAGAGUCCCAUUCGUUCUCCUGCACCCACUCCACAUGGUGGUCCUGCCUCCACAGCACCACCACAGGGGUCCCACAUACCACAACGAACUGCAGCUCCACGCCUCUCAAGGCAACAGUCCUCGCAGGAUUCACCAGUCAAGACUCCUGAAACCACCAGCCCAGCGAGACCAAUGACAGUUAACUCCUCUACCUCUCCUCUGUCCUCACCAACAAAGCGACAGCUGCCGACAGUUCCAUCACAGACUCCAGCAUCAAGUUCUCCAACAUCCCCACAGUCCCACCCUACUUACCACUCUCAAUCUGGUUUACAAAGAGCCCAAACUGCAGAAAGAGUUAAUGUUGGUAUGAGCACAGUAACCACUACAACUUCUUAUAGCCGUGGCUCUAUGCCUACGGAAAGCAUAUCACUUUGUCGAAUCUCAACUGUUCCAGGGACAUCACGAGUGGUGGAACAGAGUCAAAUGUCAUCAGGUGGUAAUGUGGUCGACCUAAGAGCUCCCAUGAAGCCUACUCCAAUCAUCAUGACAGAUCAGGGCAUGGAUCUAACAUCCCUGGCAACAGAUACAAGAAGAUAUUCCUUUGGCUCAGAGAACACCUCCAAUCGCCUCACUGCAGUUCAGCCUUUAAUAAUGAAUCUGAAUUCACAGGAGCAAACUCAUGUAACAGCAACAACCCCAACAACAGUAAGUGUGACAGUAGCAGCUUCCAUGUUCAUAUCUCAGCCAAAGCAACCUGUGGUAUAUGGAGACCCCCUUCAGAAUCGUGUGGACUUUGGGCAAGGGGUUGGAGCUCCUGUUUGUUUGACUCAGACCAAACCACAAAUGCCUGACCCGGCCAUCCCAAAAAUUGAUGCCUGUUUGGAAGACCUAGGCAUCCAGCAACAAGAGUUACAAAGGCAGCAACAAAAACUACUACAGCAACAGCAGCUCCUUGAACAGCAGCUCCAGCAACAUCAGCAUUCAACAUCUUUUGCUCGUUAUAACUUGGCAAACCAAGUUCAGCCAAUAUUAUUAAAGAAAGACCUGAUGGUGAACCAGACUACCAGUGGAAAUGUGGUUACUGUCAGUGCCAUCCCCAGAGUGUCUCCUCUUCCUCCACAGCCUUCUCCUGGUUCUUCUGGUUCUGCGUCUGCCUCUCCAACACUUCCACAUGAUAUAUAUGGAGGGGUGGCAUUGGAACUGAAAAACAAGCCAACUGUUGUGAAUCUCUCAACGGGUAAGCCCCAUGUUAUGAUGGUGCAACUUGAUGAAAGUAAUGCUUCCCAAGGAUCUACAGUGACACAACUUGUGAAACAGGAAGAACCUCCUCCACCACCACCAGCACCUGAAGUUCUUGAUCUCACUGGAUCACAAAUAAAAUCGGAAAACCAGAUUGCUUGUUGUGAUGUUGUCUAUAAGCUGCCAUUUGCUGGAGGUUGCUCGGGGUCUUUGGUUCAGAGGCCCAAGGUAGGACCCACAGACCAGAAUCCCACAGGUGAACUCUCUCAAACACCCCACCCUGUUCCUUCUCAACACCCAGGUUCUGGACAGCAUGCUCAACAAGCAGCCUUUCAGCCAGCUGCUGUGCAUGGACCAACAAGUGAACAGCAGAAACAAUACAAUACUUUGCCAGCUCCUGGACGCCUUCAGCCAUCAAUGUCAGACACUAACUUGGCAGAUGCAGGACUUCAGUACUAUCAAAGGGCUGAUCCAGGUGAUCUUGCUGUUGAUUUGUCCUCUAUGAAGCAGGCAUAUGAACAGGCAUAUCUGGGGAUUGGAGCACAGUAUGGGUCCUACACAGACCUGCGGCACCAAGGAGAUGUUGCUGGCCCACCCUUACCCCUUAGACGGUAUGGCUCCAUGUCCAAUAUCAAUGCAGACUAUGGUGGCUACUCUUCUCGUGACAUGGCAGGCUUUCAAGAAUCAAAUCUAGCACAGUACAGUGCUACCACUGCCAGGGAGAUUGGUAGGAUGUGCGCUGCUCUUAAUUCCAUGGAUCAGUUUGGUGGCCGUUAUGCCAAUAAUCCUGAACUUCUCCAGUAUGCUGCUAGAACAGGAGGAGGCCCAAUGGGUAGACUCAAUCUUCAACAAGGUUUAGCAUCUAUCAGAGCCAAUCUGUUGUAUGGUCUUGAUGGUAGGCCCACUGUCCAAGGACAAACACUUACCAACCUUAUCAAUGCCAGACAAGCAAGCCUAAGGGCACUAUAUCCAACUGCCAUGAGGGGACCUGAUGGCAUGACAUAUUCCACUAUCAAUACCCCCAUAGCCUCCACGUUGCCAAUCACUACCCAGCCUGCCUCUGUUAUACGACCUAUGGUACAAGGAGUGUACAGACCAUAUCCUCCAACCAAUGUGACUGCUGUACCCUUGGCUAGCCUCACCAGGUUGCCUCAAGUGACUCCAAGGAUGCCUAUGUCUUCACAAGGUCCUUAUAGAUAUCCAACUCCAACUCCAAAUCGUUACCCAACAACGAUCCCUCCUCCUGUAAGCAUCCCAGGGCCAAGUACACCCACUCAAGAAGCACCUAUGUACCUUGGAAAGCCUUCAGUGGCUGGCCCUGUGAACACUCCCUCUACAGGUCCAGCUACCCAACCUGUCACACAUUUGACCUACACCAGUGGAAUGUCAGCUCAAUCUGUUGUACCACCUGCUCACCAAUUGGUUCCCCCACCUCACUUCCCCCAGGAGAUUCCUCCAGCACAACCUCAAGUUCAAUCUCAAGGGUCUCAGCAAAUACCAUCACAAGUUCAAUCUCAAAUGGUCACUCAGAUGCAAGGUCAAGAUCUCUCCCAGAUUCAGCAAACACAGGCAUUAGGGCAGACUCAGCCACAAACGAUCUCUCGAGUAUUGCCAGACACCGCAUCAGACACAACUAUCACAACUAGUGAUAAUGGUGAGAAAGAUAAGGAAGAUGACCGUAUGAAGCAGCAACAAGACCAAAUGUUGAAUCUGGAGAGAGAGCGCAUUGAGCUGGAGAAGCUUAGACAGCUGCGGUUGCAUGAAGAGCUGGAAAGGGAUCGUCUUGAGCUUCAGCGUCACAGAGAGAAAGAGCAACUGAUUGUGCAACGGGAAAUCCAGGAACUGCAAAGCCUGAAGCACCAUGUCCUACAGCAGCAACAAGUGGAGAGGGAAACUCAGCUGGUCAUGCAAAGGGAACAACUGGCCCAACAGCGAUUUCAGCUGGACCAGAUUCAGACUCUGCAGCAGCAACUACAGCAGCAACUGGAGGAACAGAAAAGACAGAAAACUGUAGCAGUAGAGGCAGCCGCAGCUGCAGCAGCAGCCGAAGCCGCCGCAGCAUCUGCUGCUGCUGCAGCUGCAGCCACCACUGCUCAAGGAGCCAUACAGGGCGUUAUGGUUGGUGGACAGUUUUGGCAGCCCUGCGUGGAUGGCCAGUCAGUGCAAGCUGUGAUUGCCUCAAGGUCUAUUCCAAGCUCUGCCUCUGAGAUGUCUCUUAAGAACAGUGAGGAUGUUGGGGAUGGAAAGGUAAUGAGGAAGCAGAAUUCAAUGCCACGACUGAGAGAUGGCUCGGAGGAGGAGCCUGUUAGGAGAAUCGCUGACUGUAGUGUUCAGACAGAUGACGAGGAUGGUGAAGACAGGUACAUGUCGAGACGUAGGAGAACCAGGCGCAAUGUCGACUGUAGUGUCCAGACAGAUGAGGAGGACCAGGGAGAGAUGGAGCAACCUGUCCGACGCAGGAGAUCACGGAUUACCAAGCACUCUGACUCAAGCACUGAAAACAAGGGCGAUGCCACAUCUAGAGUCACCUCGAGCAUUGCUAUCCAAACAACCAAUGACUCCUCAUGCCAGACUGAACCAGACCAGCUGGGCAGAGUCUCACCUGCAAUUCAUAUAACCAUGGCAGAGACAUCAAAGGUAGAGCUUUUACACUACAUCUCUGCCCCAGAGAGGACUCAGAAAGGAGAAAGCUUGGCCUGCCAAACUGAUCCUGAAGCCCAGUCCCAGGGUGUGGUAGCGCCACAGCUAAGUGUUCCCACUACUGUCAGUCCAUAUACUACUAGUCUGCAAAUGGUUGGUUCCACCCAAUCCAAAUUUGAAAGGAGGAAACCAGAUCCACUGGACAUUGGCUACCAGCAGCAAACCCAGCAGCAGAACGAGUCCCCAUCCCGCCAACCUCCCAAGUCCCCACAGGUACUAUACUCUCCUGUGUCCCCGCUGUCUCCACAUCGUAUGCUGGAGACCACCUUUGCUUCCAGUGAAAAACUCAAUAAGGCCCAUGUAACGCCACAGCAGAAAGCUUUCACUGCUGAGUCCCCUCAGAAGCACCAGUCUCUCCCAAGGCCCAUAAAGAGCGUGCAGCGCUCCAUGUCCGACCCCAAGCCCCUCAGCCCCACCUCAGAAGACCCUUCCAAGACCAGGUUCUCCAUGUACUCAAAUCAAACUCUCCCCAGCAAUCAGAUGGCCACCCUGCAGCAGCAGCAGCAGAAUUCGCUGAUGAGGAAGGUGAAGAGAACUCUUCCCAGCCCUCCCCCAGAUGAGUCUCCACUCCCUAUAGUCACCCCUGCCAUGUCCCAGAUGUACAGCUCUCCAGGUAUGCCACAGAGGGUCCUGCCAAGGCCAGCCCAGGGCGUCACCAAGGCAGGUCUUCUGCACGAGCUGAAGGCUGUGGAACAGGAGUCCUCCAAGCUCCGCAAGCAGCAGGCCGAGCUAGAGGAGGAGGAGAAGGAGAUCGACGCUAAGCUGAGGUAUCUGGAACUAGGCAUCAACCAGCGCAAGGAGACGCGGGUCAAGGAGAGAGAGAGGAGAGAAGCCUACUUAAGAUCCAUGGGAGAUCUGCGAGACUACAUGUCUGACAGUGAGCUCAACAGCCUGCAGCUGAGUAACCUCGCAGCUAUGACAGGAGCCUAUGAAGGCAACGGACUCCUGUCGCGGCCCAGCACUGCACCAAUGAACCAGUACACCGCUGACUUGAGUGCAGCUUCUCAGUAUCCCCCAACUUCCUCAUUUGGAACAUUCCCUUACUCACAAAGCCAAUCUACAGCCUCGCAGCAACCCUCUGGAGGAUAUCAUCAGAUUGGCUUCCAGCCCCCACAGUACCCAGCAGCUUCACAGCCUCAGCCAGGAACCUUCCAGCCGCAUCCACAACCCUCAACCUACCAGGCCCCAGGAUCCUUCCCUUCCCACAGCUAUGGUCAGUCCACCUAUCAGCCGGACCUGACAAGCCACACAGGUUUCCAACCUCCAGGUUCAUCGCAGACUCUGCCCUACCCAAGCCAAAGCAUGUCUUUCCAGCCCACUGGAGAUAUGCUGACAGUUCACCAAAGGCCACGGCAGACCUCGCUGGCUGACCUCGAGCAGAAGCUACCCACUAACUACGAGGUCAUUAGUAAUCCUGCGGUUUCUGUGGCCUCCUCAGUUCAGGACACUGGCUUCAGUGGAGCCUAUGUGUCCACAACCAUGUCCAACACCUAUGGGCAGUAUAGGACCCCUGAGCAGACCCUAUCUGAUCGCAUCCCGAGUCCUACAUCUGCAUAUGGAACGGACGGUCUCUACACUACUAACCUGGAACAGAACAUCCCCAGAAACUAUGUCAUGAUCGAUGAUAUCAGUGAACUGACAAAAGCAGAGAACAUGGGGCCCGCUGUUGACAGCCUUGGGCAUCCUACAACUGGCCGUUAUGGCAGUGAGAAUGGCCCAUCCGCACGGGGAGGUGGUUACGUUGAGGAGUAUGAUGAAUAUGGGAGGCCCAAGGGCACCACUGGAUACCAUCAGCAAGGUGCAGUGGACAGCCAUGGCAGACCGAGCACCACUUCAAGUUCCUCCUACUACUACGAUGAUUAUAACAAACACUCUUCAAGUCGCGGGGGAUCUCAGAGGCACCCAACCAAAAGUCUGGGCCCUGCUGUGGUGUCCUCCAAGCGCAGCAAACACCGGAAGCAAGGAAUGGAACAAAAAGUGUCCAAGUUUUCACCGAUUGAAGAAGCAAGGGAUGUGGAGUCUGAUCUUGCCUCCUAUCCCAUGACCACCACGUCUGGUGGUACUGGAACUGGAAGAACCAAAAAGAUCCAGGAAGACUCUUAUGGUUUCAAAAAGAGUGUGUAUGAUGAUCAGAAAUAUUACGGCUCCAGCCGAGAGGCCCUGGAAGAGGAGGAGCGCAUGUACGGCUCAGGGAGAUCCAGGUCUACGGGUUACGGCAUGGACAAGAUCUCCUCCCGUGACUCGAGUGGCUACAGGAGCAAGUCCUACGAGAGAGACAUGAUGGAACGCAGCCAGAGGGGUGCAGGCCGCACUGGGCGCACCGCGAUGCGCCCUCAAAACUCUGAGGAGGAGAGUCCACUCAGCCCUGUCGGAAAACCAAUGGGCAUCGGGCGAGGCACGGUUGGGGUUGAUCCGCACGAUGUAAGGAACCAGUAUGGCUCCACUCACUCCUUACCGGAUGUGCAAGACCACCACAUGAAGGAUAUACCAAGGAGCCAUGUCUACAAACCAGAUGACCCUUACCUUGUAGAUGACAUGCACUGUGCCGUGUCGGACAGUGAAGCCUAUCAUUUGGGUCAGGAAGAGACAGACUGGUUUGAGAAGCCACGAGAGGCUCGGAGUAGCCGCUCUCGUCAUCACGAAGGAGGAGGCCACACUUCUGCGAGCCGCAGAGGCAAUGUGAAGCACACCUAUCAUGACUACGACGAGCCGCCUGAGGAGGACCUGUGGCCUGUGGAUGAGUACGGACAGCCACGGCAACCUACAUCCACGUCCUCACGGGAACACCGUCACCACGGCAGCAGCAGUUCCGGAAGGCACUCAUCCCGGCAUUCCUCUGAGGAACCCCGCUCCUCCCGUUCCUCACGCUCGCACCCUAAGGAUCCAUCCGCUCGAUCCGGAGAAGGCCGUGGAACAUCUGGAGGCCAGAGGAGAGGUGACUCGCGAUCUUCCCAGGGCGGCUACCGAGACUCCGAGCACUCCAGAGACCCGGGUCACCACCACAGCUCCGGGGGUCAGAGGGGGCAGCGACCGCCCGGCUCAUCCCGAAGAGGGGAUCCAGACUCCAGGCAGCAGCAGCAGCAGCAGCAGCAGCAGCCACAGCAGCAGGGUCCUGCGGGACAGCAGCCGCAGCAGCAAGGACAGCAGCAGCAGCAGCAGCAGCAGCAGCAGCAGCGCUCCACCGCAGGACAGCAGCAGACAGGACGACAGCCAGGGAGUCAGCCAUCAGAGCCCAGUCAGCAGCACCCAGGCCAGCAGCACCCGGGCCAGCAGCACCCGGGCCAGCAGCACCCGGGCCAGCAACACCCGGGCCAGCAGCACCCAGGCCAGCAACACCCAGGCCAGCAGCCACCGAGCCAGCAGACACGCGGUCAGCAGCAGCAGCAACAACAACAACAACAACCACAUCAUCAUCAACAACCACAUCAACAACAACAGCAGCAACCGAUGUCCACAGUGGAUGCCCCAACCACCACAGCGGCCACUGCAGGUCCCGCCGCUGCUCAGCAGCAAGCCAAACCGGGCCCGACUGGACCAACACAAGGACCCCCCCAGCCAGCAGGACCAGCCGCAGGCCUGCCACCAGCAGCGGCGAAGCCAGCAGCUGCUGCUACACCUCCCCCUGCGACAGCCAUAGGGGCCAAAGCAGCCCCAGGCCAGGCUGCCAAACCACCUCAGAUUCCUCCGACUGGAAUUGGCUCUAAAGCAGCACCGAGGCCCGGGGGGAUAGGGAGUGCGGCGCCCGGGGGCAUAGGGAGUGCGGCACCUGGACAGCCCCCAGCGGAGGGGGACAACGUUCUCACCAAAAUCCUGCAGGGAGGGGCAGCGGAGCAGGCGGGAAAACUGGGAGAUGCUGUGUCUGCUCUGGGGAAGAAGUUCACCUCAUUUUGGUGAGCUGAGCUGCUGAGGGGAAGGGUGAAGACAGGGAGAAAUAUAUUCGGAUUAGUACUGGAAAAAAUGAAAUGGAACUGUUUUUAUUAUUUAUCAUUUAAUAUGACAUUACUGGAAAGGAGGAUACCGAAGUGUUUUUGGUUGAUGAGGUGGGACUUGGCGCCCUGUCUGGGAGAGAUGGGAUCUCAAAUGAAGGAAGGAUCAUUUGCCGGUAUUCAUUGGAGGAGGCAGUUCCCGGUCUGCUCUCUUUUGUGUGCGGCACGGCUGCUGUUUCUUCACCAUGCUAAACAGUGCUAUCGAGUGAAUGGACGACCGAAUGGAUGCAUAAGUAGUGCCAUCUACACCACGUGUAUGCAUGUUUCCGAAGAUGGGAUUUACACAUCGUGAUCCUGGCGGAAAGAACGAACAUGUCCAGACAGCAUGGUAUCCUCUUGAGCACAGCUGUGACCCAUACAGGCUGCUGAGUGCAUGUCAUUAUUCUGAAAUUGUGGUUUUUGAGAAUCAUUCGCUGCAGUUGCUCUGGUGUCCUGCUCCAACGCACCAGAAAAACAGGACAGCAGUUCCGUAUCUUUUUUCCAGUACUGAACUUUGAAUUUGUUCAACAAUGAGAGCACACUGUUGGAAAUGGCCACUUUUCCUCUUGUAAAGGAAUGGACAGACUACAGCUCUCAACAAUUAUGAAUAAAUGUAAUGCUUGGUUUCUAAGAUCUUGACAUUCCACUAUGGCGAUGAUUAGCCCUCUCUGAAUGUUCUUUUGUUUUGUUUUUUUCUUUUCUCUCUUUCUUCUGCUGUUUGUUUAUCCUUGACCUUGUCAUGUGUUUAUCGAAUGCAUUGUGUAAAAUGUGGACAUGGGAAUGCACGCACAAAUAUAAAUAUUAUAAAAAUAUUUAAAUCCAUAUGUAUACAAACCCAUAUCCAACAUCUACUUCACAAGCUCCACACACGUUCCAGGGGCAAGGCUGUGACAAACGGGGUAGACUAAAGACUGUGAUCAGACCAGGGAGAAGAUGUCAGAGUUUUUGAAUGGCCACUACUGCCCCUCAGCCAUCACUAAGCCAUCACAAGUAGAUCCCAGAGCACUGGACAUCUGGGAUUGAUUUGUUGUUUAUUGCUUUCCAUAUGCUAGUUUCUUAUCAUUUGCCUAUUUUUUUUUUCUUUGAAAAUAAGAGCCUUAUUCGUAUUUUUGUUUUGUACUUGUAUACCUCACAUUUUUUUUAAAGCAAUUCAUAUCAUCCUUGCUCAAUUUAUUUUGCACAACUGUAUACUACUGUAAAUGUACAUAUCUCUAGAUAGAGCUCUGAUAUUGUAAAAUAUUCAUUUGUGUAUUUAUGGAUUUAUAUUUCUGGAAUUUUAUGGUUUGUUUAAUGUUUGGUAAUAUUAUUUAUAUUUUCAUGAUUUUAUUUCGUAAUUAUUCUGCAUUUUAACCCUUUUGUUCUUGUUUCUUUCUAUAAGCAAUAGCAUGCAGACCCAGUAUAGAGCACAAUGACGUUAUUGUUGUUAAAAUAAGUGGUUGGGAAUCAGUGAUGUCUCUUGAUCUUCAUUCUUAAUAUACCUGAGAUUAUUACACACACACACACUCACACACACACACACACACACACACACACACACACACACACACACACACACACACACACACACACACACACUCUCUCUCUUUUAGAGUUAUGAAUACAAACGCAUGCACUCAAACACAGCCAUGUGAAAAGCCCAUAGGAAAAGAAACACACCACACAAGGACACUCCCAGUGAUAAGAUGAAGAGUGGAAAUCAAGUUUCGUUUCAGAUGUUCUAUGCAAUGAUUGAAGCAUACGGUGACACCACAAUCACACACAACUGAAAUCAAUGACAUUGUGUUUCUGCGGAGUCCAAAAUGUGGAUAUGAACUUUGUAUUUAUCUAUUCGUAUGUAUGGUGUAUGACUUCCUGGAAAACAAUUCUCGACUUGUUUUUAUUUUCGUGGCAUGUUUAAUCCCUCUUCUGGGGGAACUCUGUUGCCAAAGGGUUAUCUGUGUUGACUUGUCGAUCAAUGACAUCCAUCAUGCUGUGGCUUUAAGCAUGGGUCCUGCUUGGCUCCGCCUGGUUGCUUGUUCUGCUUCUGCUCAGUCUGCCUGUGUUAGGGCUGGCCAAGCUCUACCCAAGCCCGGUACCGCCCGGCUCAUGCACUGGUUAGGCUUACCCAUCUUAUUCGCCAAGUUCUUUUUUCGUUGCAUUUCGCUGCAUCACAGUAUUUCACAUCGAUCCGUGUCAUUGGUGCUCAAAAGUCAUCCAAAUACAGCUAUGAGCAAACACACACACACACACACACACACACACACACACACACACACACACACACACACAUACAUACAUGUUAUAUGGAUACAAACAUACAGAGACACCUGUUCAGGUGCGCAGUGUAACAGACACAAGAAGGCAAAGACAAAUGUUAGAAAAACAGAGAUCAGCUAUCAGCUAUACUCGCCACUAAUACACCCACCAUCAGCAUAUCUGAGAACUUGUCCAAAAAGUUCCAUGUCUUAUCAUAUUCAAUGCAUACAGCCAUACAUGUCAAAGGUUUGCAUGAAUCCAUGAUAGAUCCUGGUAGAUGGUAUCGUAGAUCUCACAUCACUUUGCAAACCUAACCAGAGAUAUCAGUGCACAAGGCAGACAGAGGCUGACUGUAUAUCAGGCUGUUUACAAUCACCCGCCAGACAGUGCACCAAGGAACAAGGAUUUGCUGAUCGAUUUCUUUUUCCUUUCGCAGUAGAUUUUACAUGGGGAGAAAUAAAGGCCUCCUAAAAACCACCAACACCGCUAUCAAUAAUAACCAGUGAAUGAGCCCAUGGGCUGCAGAGCAGUCGGCUAUCUGUCUCGGCAAACAGACCGACACGUACAAUCAGACACAACAACAGUGAGACAGACAUGCAGCACACACACCUACUGACAUGCCCCGACUGUAAAUACACACUCUUUUUGUACAGUGUUGAAAUCUUCUGAGUAAACUUGCUGGCCGUCUUGUGCAUCCCCAGGCUGGCUGAGCUGCCAACUUUUUUGUGCUUUUGUGUAUAAGAGAUCAGUCUAAUGACAAAAAGUAAGCAUAGUGUAUGUGGCUGGCUGUCAAUGACUGUUUCCCACAGUGGAUUUAAAAAAGAGAAACAUAUUAACAUAUCUGGUCUAUGUAGGAUUUCAUAAAUAUUGUGUUUGUACAAAGCAAAACAAAAAAAACAAAACAAAUGAAAACAAGAAACACUGAAGUGACAAAACAUGAUCCUGGCUUCCAUUGUUCCUGUUAACAACAUUUUUAGAGUGGAUAGGUGUUAAUCUGUUGAAACGAAAUUCUAAAUUUGAAGACUAAAAAAAUCUGGGGAAAAUACAUUCAAGGAGAAAAAAAAAAUGCAUUCACUGUUGUAAGUACGAUGGGCUAAAUGUUGGUCCAGUAUCCAUCGUGAAACUUUGUGUUCUUUUCAGUGUUUUCCUGUUAACAAGAUAGAAAAAAAAUAUUUUGGUGCAUCAUGUCAUGUACUGUGAUAAUGGAAAAUGACCCUGCAAUUUUGUUUCCAAUCUGGAAAAGAAUAAAGAGAAAAAAUGCAAACACC